CUCAGCACACUGAGUGUGUGUUUCACGGCACAGAGGGACGUUAAGACACCCCUUAUUGUUGCAGCGCGCAGAUGUAGCAACCGCAGUUUCAAAGGAAGCAGGUGCAUGCAAAAAAACACAUGAGCCUCUACAUGACAACCAAAACUGAAUGCUACCCUGUGGGAAGAGGAAAAGAGGUGAAAAAAAAACAGAGAGAGAGACUGAGAGAGAAUAAACCUGUGUGGCAGGUUUGCGUCACUGUACUCACUCCAUCAUGCAAAGCUGAAGAGAAAAGAGAGGAGUUACCGUAGGAGCUGAUGUCAUUACAGAGCGCUGCCUUCAUUAUGAACCCGUGUCAAUGCAGUGGCGUAGGACAGGUAACGAAGUCCCUCCAAGAGAAGGCAACGGGAGCUGUUUGCUGAAGUCGUUCUGAAGGAACCAAAAAAUUGCAAGCGACAGAACAACAAAAGAUCAAGAAGAGGAGCCCAGAGGAGUCUUCUCUUGGAGAACACAACACAGAGAAUCAUCAGGAGCGUCACUGGAAUAUUACAUUUUUUAAUCCAGCAUUUGUUUCUGUGCAAGAAACUGAUGAGGGCUGUAAUUGAGCCACCUUUUCACAGCUUUGUACACACUCGCAGUUGCUGCAUUCAAACAAAGUGCUCCCAGAUUUCCGUCUAAAAGACAGUUGCUUGGAAUUGGUUAAAGAUCAAGUUCACUCUUCCACUCUCUUUUGGGGAUUUUGCUCUUGACAGGAGAUCAUUAACUUUGUUUACUGCCAGACAAUGGACUUGUCCACGCUGCCUCCUCCACUGAGAGAGUAUGACAAUCAGAGGACAGAAGCACGCUUCACUAUCCGCUCGGCUAACUCUCACUCGUACAGUCUCACUUGCAGGCCAGGUGUUAGGAAACCCAAUUGUUUUUCGGAGGAGGAGGGGAAGAGUGCUGAAGAAGUUGACGAGAGAGAGAGAUACGCCAGGGUGCACACGGGCACAGAUGGUACAACCAAAGUGGAGAAUCACACAGUCACUGGUUAUCAAGCCAGGACUGGGAGUCGCAGCAGUGUCAGAGCUCAGUGUGGGGAAGAGGAUACUUUAGGCUAUGAAAUAUCGACUGAACUGAACCAGAAUGGCACAGCAGUCAAAACUAUCACAGAAUGUGGCACUGACAGAAGAAGAACAUGUAACCCUGGGUCUGAAUGCCGAGGCAAGAUAGACUUGAGGAGAUACAACCGGCCAAGUAGAAGUAAGAGUCUAGAUUGGCGAGCAGGGGCAUCAAGCCCUGAUCGUGGCAAACUGGCUGACAUGUUCGUGUUGCCAACUAAACGAGGCUGGGACGAAAGAACGACUGGUGUUGAAGGCUUGAGGGCCAGGUUUGUGUCUUCAAUACAGUCGCAUAACUCCGCUGGUACAAGUAAUGUUGAGAGGAGCCCAGGGAGUCACAUGAGUCGGACUUUGGACAGGGCCAGUAAAGGUCAUUCUCUCCCCAUUAGGUUGAGGUCCCUGUCUGGACCUGGCUCUGGUGUCAGAGAGACAGCUUCUUCGUUUGGGCCCAAAGGAGGCCAGAGUAUAAUGGAGCGGAUCGAGAAACUCUAUGGGUCCGCUGGUUUCAGUAAAAAGGAGGAUUUCAGCACAAUUAGGGAUUUCUCAACCCCUGCAACGUCCCAUCACAGAGAAACAACCACAGACUCCCUAAUUUCACCACAGCAGAAGUCAUGUGAGUGGGCUUCAGGGGGAACCUUCCCCAGGCGUUUCUCACCAGGACUGAAAAGGAGCCUCAGUUCAGGGCAAAGCAAGACAUCCUUCACCUCGACACAAAAAGACACUCGAGGUUCUGAGACGUCACUUUUACCACAGACAAGCAGGACCAGGGAAAGAUUGUCAGGGGUACAGGGGCAAGGACAGGCACAGGGCAAGUACUCAGAGAAAGGGGGACCUAACUGGGGCAGAGGGUUCGAGGAAAUGGGCACACGGUCUCUGGAUAGAGCCAGGAGCAGGUACUCGAUAGCUGCUCAGAUACGAUCUGCAAGGACUGCAGCAGGACUUACUUCACCCUCACAUUCAAACAGUUUCUUAGAAGAGAGAUCUGUUUCUUUGAGAGAUUUGUCUGGUUUGAGGGAAGGAAUUGCAAGUGGGAAUGGGAGUAUGCAUCAGGACGGGAUGAAGGGCGAGACUAGUGUAAUACAAGGGGCAUUGACAGAAAGAACAGAGUGGCAAACAGAUGAUGUAGCAAAAGAAAAAACGGAAUCAAAGAGGAGCUGCACUGAUGAAGAUGUGUUUGAUCCAAACCUACAGAACGUGAAAUCAAUGGAGAGGAAGAAAUUACGAGAGAGGUUGUCGGCCGCCUCUGCAGCCAGUGUGAGAAAUAAGAUUAAUCAGUUUGAGGCUCUCUCACAGAGAUCCCAGAGUUUGGCUACAGGACAGGCCCUCAUGCCCAGACGGGCCUUUUCAGUUCCAACACAUCUCAGCUUGGCUCAUGAAGGAGUGAAACAAAGCGGGUCAGCAAAAGAGAGGAGGGAGGCAGGUGAUGGAACUGAGGAGAAAGUGACAGAAGGAAGAAAGAAGGGAGGGUCAAAUAGGUCGUUAUCAGUGGAUGAGAUUGAACUAAGAUUAGGGAGGAAAGAGAGAGAAGGAAAAGAAAUGGAUAGCAUUAACAAUUGUGCAGAUUUUAAUAAAUAUUCCAGUCUCAAGACGUCCCUGGAAAUCCCACUAAAUGAAGGCGCUCAAAGAAAAAAUGGAAACUUUUACAUAGACGAGAUAGAUUUUUACAGAACCUCAAGCCCUGAGGAGGCAAGCGAGAGACCACCAUCCUCACGACUGUCCAUCUCCGCCGGUGUGCAGAAAACAACACCCCCACGGGUUACUUCACCUGUUAGUGAUGAAGACAAAACUCCAACAAACUCUCCAAACAACUCACCCUGUCUUACACCUACCGCACAACCAGAAAACUUCUUUCCCACAGCCAAAAUCCCCAAACAAGAUUCACCGCUCCUCCCUCGUGCCCUUGCCACCUCGUCCCCCAGCAACCUCUCUGACCUCUUCUCACUAGAGGUCAACACAGCCCAUCCAAAUGGGAAGAAACAGCUGAUGGACCUAAAUGCCUGGGUCGCUGGCUUGAAACCAAAUAUUAUGAUCUGGAGUGAUGAAGAUGAUGAUUAUGAUGAUGAUGAUGAAAGUACACAGAAGGAUGACGAUUCCAACUAUGAUUCAGACUCCGGAGAGUCCUCGGUGACCAUCACUAGUAACAUGAGCCAGUCGGAUAACAAGAGCUUCUGUGUCAGUCUUUCAGACCUGUGUAACUUUGCUGGAGUUGACUACGAAUCGGAGAAUGAUAACGACGAGUGGCAAUCUUCCAACCAUCGGUCUGCCUCGAUGAGCUCAGACAUGUCGGCCAUGUCCUCUGUGUCUGUGAUGCCCAGUGAGGAGCUAGACAGGCUGCUGGAGGACGUCAGGAGCAUGGGGGACAGCACUCUGCAGGACUAUAACGAUGUGCAGGUGGUGGUUCUCCAUAAGGACAUAGGUGUGGGACUGGGCUUCAGCGUGGCGGGAGGUGUGGACCAGAACAAGCCAGUCACUGUUCACAGGGUGUUUCACCCGGGUGUUGCAGCCCAGGAAGGCUCCAUACGGGAAGGGGACCAGGUCCUGUCAAUCAAUGGCACAGCACUGUGCGGCUAUGCCCACUGGGAGGCCCUGAGGGUCCUGAGGAGAGCAAAGACUCGGGAGAUGGGUGUGGUGGUCAUGAGGAGGGAAGGGUUGAGCAGUGUCUGUAAGGGGGGAGCGCAGACGAAUACCCAGGGACAAACAAAGACAAAGACAGAUCAGCAUGUGUUUGUGUGUCUGGAGAAGAACAACAGGGAUCUGGGCUUCAGCCUGGAAGGAGGUGUAGACUCCACCCGUGGGAACCGACCACUCACUGUACAGAAGAUCUUCCAGGGAGGUCCUGUUGACAAGCUGCGUCCUGGUGAUGAGGUGGAAGAGAUUGAAGGAAUGAGCGUGGUGGGGAUGAGGCGCCUGGAGGUAUGGACUUUGAUCAGAAGACUUCCCCCUGGGCCUGUGGACGUGGUGCUUCGUCGCCCUGUUAAACAUCUGGAAACCACAUGUUGAGGUGCUUUGAGCAUAGUAAAGGUGGCUAGGAACCAGACAUGAUUUAAUUUAGAUAUCUGGGCCUAAUGCCAUUAAAACAAUUAAACAAUGUGUAGCCAUUAUAACAAAUCCCUAAAUGAAAUAUAAUCUUACAGACGAGAUCAAAAUGUUUUAUUUUUCUCACUUUAUCUACAGGAUUACAUCUACCUCAAAGCUUGUUAUAUUUCUUUACCAGCCCAUAAUUCAAAUGCACUGAUGAUACUGGUUGAUACUUUGAUCAUAUAAAAGCUAGUAAUGUGGCGCCUGUAAAUAAAUAACUGUGUUGUAAUAUAAUGUGAAUAAAGAAGCUAACUAAA